AUGCAUGGGGAUAAUAAGAAAUUAAAUAGAUUUAAGCAUGUUAGCUUGUUAUGCAUAUCAACUUUACUAAUCUAUGCAAUAAAUCCCAGCAUACAAAAUUUUAAAAUGGCAAUCAUUUAUAAGAAUAAUAAAGAAUUAAUAGAUAAUAUGCUGAAUUUCGCAUUAUUGUCUUACUUAAUCAUGAAUCAUAAAUUUGGCUUUACUAUAGCCAUGCGAUUUCAAUUUAUUGCAAAUUAA